AUGGCGGUAAGAGAAGAGGAAAGGGCGCUAGAUCACACACCUACAUGGGCUGUCGCCGCCGUCUGCGCCUCUAUCGUCCUCGUUUCUAUAGUGCUCGAGAAAAUUAUACAUAAAUUCGAAAAAAUGUUUGAACGUAAAAAGAAGAUGGCUCUGUUAGAAGCACUCGCAAAGAUUAAAGGCGAGCUUAUGGUUUUGGGAUUUAUUUCUUUAAUAUUAACGUUUGGACAAACCUACAUUUCCAAAUGGUGUAUUCCCGAGAAGUAUGCAAAUACCAUGCUACCUUGUGUUAGAAGCACGAAGGAGGAAGGCGAAGGCGGCGGCGGCGGUCACAACCAAGCUACUCCAGCGGGUGCGGGUGUUGUGGAAGAGAAGGGUGGUGCUAAAGAGGUUACUGCUGAAGGUGAACCGCCCCAUCGCAGGCUUUUGACAUACGAACGUAGGUUUCUGGCUGCAGCUAGUGAAGGAUGUAAACCGGGGAUGGAGCCUCUUAUAUCUGUGCAUGGAAUGCAUCAAUUGCACAUUUUCAUAUUCUUCUUGGCUGUCUUCCAUGUCGUAUACAGUGCCAUAACAAUGACUCUUGGAAGAGCAAAGAUUCGUGGGUGGAAGGCAUGGGAACAGGACCAUAUUGUGGAUCAAGAAGCCUUGAAUGAUCCUAGAAGAUUCAGGCUUACUCACGAGACAUCAUUUGUGAGGGAUCACAACAGUAUUUGGACUAAAACUCCAGUUUCCUUCUAUUUUGUAUGCUUCUUUCGACAGUUUUUCAGAUCUGUUCGCAAAGCCGACUAUUUGACCAUGCGACAUGGAUUUGUUACUGUUCAUUUAGCACCUGGAAGUAAGUUUGAUUUUCAAAAAUAUAUUAAGAGGUCAUUAGAAGACGACUUUAAGGUAGUUGUGGGAAUCAGUCCAAUACUUUGGGCAUCAGUGGUGUUUUUCUUGCUUGUAAAUGUUCAUGGAUGGCAUGCUUCCUUUGGGGUGUCUUUUCUUCCACUAAUGGUUAUUCUAGCUGUUGGGACAAAGCUUCAGGCAAUUAUAACCAGAAUGGCACUUGACAUAAAAGAAAGGCAUGCUGUAGUGCAGGGGAUCCCCCUUGUUCAAGUCUCUGACAAGUACUUUUGGUUUGAGUGGCCUGAGUUAGUUCUUUAUCUCAUCCAUUUUGUCCUCUUUCAGAAUGCAUUUGAGCUGACAUAUUUCUGGUGGACAUGGUAUGAAUUUGGUUGGGCAUCUUGCUUUUAUGAAGAUGAAAUACUUAUGAUCAGUAGAGUUGCACUUGGGAUAGGAGCUCAAAUAAUCACCAGCUAUGUCACUCUUCCACUGUAUGCUCUUGUUACACAGAUGGGAUCAACAAUGAAGAAGUCAAUAUUUGAUGAACAAACAUCGAAGGCUCUAAAGAAGUGGCACCAGAAUGCUCUAAAGAAGAUAGCAUCCAGGGGACGCCAUGCCACUCUGGGAGGCACCACUAUGUCAAAGUCGCCGGACGGUUCACCCAGCAAAAUGUCAACUAGAUCCCCAAACGCCGGGCAGUCAGCCACCAUAUUGUCGAGCGUAGAUAACACUAUCCCCGCCUAUGACAACCGUGACCUUCUAACUGGACCAUGACAACACAUAAAUGCGUACAUACUAUUUUCUGUUCCUUGUAGUUUGAGUGUUGAAUGUAGCAAACUAGCGAAUGGAUUUGUAAUUGUAGCAGAGUGUUUGGUUUAGCUUUUAUAAACUGGAGUUGAGUUCAAUUUAAUUAUAUUA